AGAGAGAGAAAUAGCCGGGUUCGGAUCAACCGCCUUUUGUAAAAUUAAUUUCCAUUUCUCGGAGGGCCUUUCUUGCAAUUAUUCUCCCCAAUUUCGCAAACCCUAAUUUCUUCUUUCUCUCUCCUCGACGCCUCCAUUUCUCCUUUCUCUCUCUCUCCUCGACCAAAAAUUUUACCCUAAAUCGCACUCUCCUUAUCUCUCUCCAACUCCUACCUUAGGUGUUUCUUCAACAACUAAAAGAUUAAGGUUUGUAAAUCAAUUUCUUUUUUUUGAUUUACACUUGUUUUUCUUUCUUAUAAAGUUCUGAUUUUUAAUUUUUAAUUUUCUUUUUCAAGAAGAUAAAUCAAAAAGAUUCUUUUUUUUAUAUUCCUUUUUUUUAAAAUCUUCAUCUGUUGAUUCUUAUGGUUUGUUUGAAUUAGGGUUUUAGCCAGAUCUGGUAUUGGGUUUUUCUGUUUGUCGAUUAUUAGGGUUACGAGAAUCCGAUCCAAAACCCUAGUUUUUCGACCCCCAAAUUGGGAAAGGGAGUUGAAUAAUUUAGGGUUUUUGAGGUGGGGUUGAAUUAUUUUAAAUUUAUUUUUAGGGUUUUUGGAAAAGAAAGAAAACCGUACAUGUAUGGCUUCAGGGACUUUAGGAGCUGAUGAGCUUCCUAGGGAGAAACCUCGAUGGAGUGAGAAUAGUAAGGUUUAUACUCGUAGGGCUUCCAAGAACAUCAAAAAGACCGACAACGUUGUCAAAGAUCCUGAAUCCGUCACUGCAACUGUAACCGAGACUGCCCCUGCCACUGCCCCUUCCCCUGCCACCCCUACUGCAGCUGCUGCUGUUGUUGAAAGCCGUGUAAUCGAGAAUAACAGCUGCAACGAUGAUAACAACAAGGGUUUGAAGGAUAAUGAUGUCGUCGUUGUGAAUGAUCAUGUUGUGAAUGAUCAUGUUGUUAGUGAUCAUAUUGUGAAUGAUCAUGUUGUUAAUGGUAUUGCUGCCAAUAACAUCAGCAACAGCAGUAGCAGAAGUCGUAAUGAGCAAGAAGAGGAGGAGGAGGAGGAAAACAAUGAUGAUGGUAAUGGGGGUGAUGAUGAGAAGGAUAAUGAGAAUGAGGAAGCCCAGGAAAAGUUAUCAUCCCCGCCGAAACUGCCUGUAGAAGAAGCUAAUUCGUCACAACCUCAGCAGAAUUCUUCACGUAUAGGGACUGCCUCGGGGGACUCCACAAGCUUUAAUAGAGAUGAGGUGCCUGUUCCGAAUGGGCAUGAUGAGAAUUUGGCGAAUGGGGUUGUGAUGAGACCGCUGGUUACCCAGGUUGAUGAUAGGUUGACUAUCAGUGUUUCGGCUGCUAGGUCUAAGGAGGAGGUUAAGGACUUGAAAAGGAAGUUAGUAGAUGAGCUUGAUCGAGUGAGGAAAAUGGCAAGGAAGCUUGAGGAAAAGGAGAUUCAACUUAAUGAGUAUUCUAGUAUUGGUGCUGAAACAACUGUUCCUGUUGGGCACUUGCAGUUUCCUGUAAAUGGUGGAAUUGAGAAAGGGAUGGGUGGUGGUUUGAGGAUGAUUUCAGAGACGGGUUCUGUUGGUUUUAAUGGUUCGAGGCCUUUUAGGCAACUUUCAGUUUCUGUAAUGAAUAACAAUCACCAUGGAAUCAUCAGUGAAAUUGGUGAGAAGGAGAAGAGGACUCCCAAGGCGAACCAGUACUAUCGAAAUUCUGAAUUUCUUCUGGGUAAGGACAAGCUUCCCCCUGAGAGUAAUAGGAAGGCAAAAUCAAGUGGAGGUAAGAAACAUAGCGGUGGAGAAUCUGAUCAUGGAUUCAGAAUUGAUAAGAAAAUUUUUGGCAAAUGUAGCAGUUUGCUUCAGAAGAUAAUGAACCACAAGCAUGGGUGGGUGUUCAAUCAGCCGGUGGAUGUGAAGAGGCUUGGUCUCCAUGAUUAUUUUGAUAUUAUAAAGCAUCCAAUGGAUUUGGGUACGGUGAAGGCUAGGUUAACCAAAAAUUGGUACAAAACCCCAAGGGAGUUCGCUGAGGAUGUGAGACUUACUUUUCAUAAUGCCAUGACCUAUAAUCCUGCGGGGCAGGAUGUCCAUAUCAUGGCUGCAGAGUUGCUAAGGAUGUUUGAAGAGAAGUGGCCUGCUAUAGAGAUUGAAUAUGAUCGUAAGUUGAGGUAUGAAAUGGGUCGUGAGUUUGGGGUGCCAACUCCAACAUCAAGGAAGAGAUAUGCCCCUGCCCAUGUUUCUGUACCUAUGUCCUUUGCUCCACCUCCGCUUCUUCACCCCCCGCCAUCCUAUCAAGAUGUGAGAAAUUUAGAGAGGUCACAGUCAAUGCCUGUUCGACCAGAGUCAAGGCCGAAGCCUGCAUAUUCGGUAGGAAGAAAGCCUGCUCCGAAGAAGCCUAAAGCCAAGGAUCCCAACAAAAGGGACAUGACCUUUGAUGAGAAGCAGAGGCUUAGCACACAUCUUCAGAGUUUGCCUUCAGAGAAGCUUGACGCUGUAGUUCAGAUCAUUAAGAGGAGGAAUUCAGCUCUAUCACAACAUGAUGAUGAAAUUGAAGUGGAUAUAGACAGUGUUGAUGCUGAGACGCUUUGGGAACUGGAAAGAUUUGUAAUGAAUUACAAAAAGAGCCUGAGCAAGCAUAAGAGGAAAGCUGAACUUGCUCAAGCUAAAGCAGCAGCAGUUCAGGCUGCUCAACAGACUCAGAUUCCAGCUCCUGCAAAUACUGAAGCACCUAGAGAAACCAGAGCAGAUGAAGGAAAUGCUGCCACUUCUCCUCGUGUUCAAGAAGAGAGACGUGAUGAUAAUGCUAGUGGCUCAAGUAGCUCAAGCAGUUCUAGCAGUGAUUCUGGAUCCUCUUCUAGUGAUUCAGAUAGCGAUAGCUCAUCCAGUUCGGAUUCAGAUGGAGGUCAUUAACGUAGGCUACAAUCGCUGUCAUUGAGUAUUAGGUAGUUAGAUGCAAAUGGUUGCUGCCGUUGAUGUAUGCUGAAUCUACGUUUGCGUCGUGGAGCAUUAUGUAGGCUGGUUUAUCCCUCCUUUUACCAGCAAUAUAGUGUGGUGGCGUUGAGCUUGCCAUCAUAUUUAGCCAUACCCUCAUUAUUAAUCUGGUGGCUCCAAAAAACACAGAUUUUGUAUCAUAAUCUUUGCAUUGGUGGUUUUGAGAUGAUGGUGGUAGCAAAUGUACAUUAUUAUCCGUAGAUGCUACUGACAUUUCUUCUGCGUAAGUAUUUGUGUUAGGGAAGCAGCAGCAUAUAACAAUACUUUGAUUAUCACUGGCGUACAUAUAGAGCGGUCAGUAUUUGCUGUAGGGUGGGUUAGGCUUGGAGUUGAAUUCUUCUAUCUUUAGAAUUUAGCUUAGUUUUGUAUAGAUAUUUUGUUGUAUGAGGAUAGGUGGAAUUCUUUUCGUGCUUAGUUUGAUACCCAUUUAUUCUCAUUCCAGAUUGUCCCA